CCUACCUAGUCAAAUCACCUUCCAGUUUUCUCUGUGAACUUCUCUACCUUGAACAUUUUCUUUUAACUAUGCCUCAUCAUCCAUCCGAUCAACACUCCCACUCCAAGAACCCUUUCAAGCAAACACACGGUUCCAUGGCACAAGGUAGCAAAGAUACCGAGGAGCCGCAAAUCAGCUGGUCCCAAAUCGAUGCUAUGGAAGAAAAAGCUCGCAAAGAGAAAGAACAAGACGAGCCUAUCCUAGCUGCCAAUGCUCGAAGAAUGUCUGAUGCCAUUAGGGAACGUCAAAAGUCUCUUUAAAUGAAAGAAGUGAUUGCUUUUUGUAAUAGCCAUGAUGUGUGGCGCGACUCAAAUAAAAAAAAAAAAUUUGUACAAACUUGGUGAGCAAAGCCGUCUGCUGCAACUGAAACGUGUGUACCACCUCUUUUCGUUUCUUUUCUAUCCUCCUUGGUUGUUUUUUUUUCUAAUGGUUCAAACCGUUCCUUGCAAGUACAAAACCGGCAAGGUUUUGGGCAAUGGUACUUAUGCCACCGUGAAAGAGGCAAUGCACAUCGAAACUGGCAAAUACUAUGCUGUGAAAAUCAUUAACAAAAGAUUGAUGGAAGGUCGUGAGCAUAUGAUUCGUAAUGAGAUCAAUGUGCUGAGGAAAAUCUCUCAAAAUCAUAAGAACAUUUUAAGUCUGGUUGACUACUUUGAAACUCUUAAUAACUUGUACCUGGUGACUGAUCUUGCUCUGGGAGGAGAGUUGUUUGACCGUAUCUGUCAAAAGGGUAGCUAUUUUGAGCGUGAUGCUGCUCAUCUUGUCCGAGUCAUCGUCGAAGCGGUUGCAUACUUGCAUGAUAAUGGCGUUGUGCAUCGUGAUUUGAAACCCGAAAAUCUCUUGUUCCGCACACCUGAUGAAGACUCCGAUCUACUUAUUGCGGAUUUCGGUCUUUCACGCAUCAUUGAUACUGACAAAUUUCACGUUCUCACUACCACUUGUGGUACACCUGGUUAUAUGGCUCCAGAGAUCUUCAAGAAGACUGGCCAUGGUAAACCAGUAGACAUGUGGGCUAUUGGAGUCAUCACUUUCUUCCUUCUUUGCGGUUAUACACCUUUUGAACACGACUCUAAUAUCGAUGAGAUGCACGCUAUCAUGCAUGCCCAGUACAGCUUUGAUGAGCAAUUCUGGCAUGGCGUCAGCCCCCAAGCAAAAGACUUCAUAACCAAACUUUUAACCAUUGAGCCUGAUCUCCGACUCACAGCCCACCAGGCAUUAGAACACCCAUGGUUGCAAGUUGAAGUUAAGCCUUCUGCUGAGGAGGGUAAGGACUUGUUGCCCAAUGUUACCAAGAACUUCAACGCUCGCCGGACAUUCAAAAAGGCCGUCGAUAUGGUUCGCCUAUCGCAAUACCUCGGACACAAGCAUGCAGCUUCCAUGGGCGGUGGUAAGAGCCGACUCGACAGCACGCAUCAGGGUGUGCAAGAUUUGGAUGUACAGCCUGUACAGGAGGGCUUGGAACAAGUGCUCAUGACGACUGACUAGAAUUUUUGAAUCCCCCUUCCUCUCACCGCCUCUUUAUCAACCAACCAGUUCUAUUCCUGUUACUAUAUUGUUUUCCUCUCCUUCGCCAAAUGUCUCUAUUUCUCAUACUUUACUAUACUUGUCUUUAUGA